CAAGCCACAGGCCACAAGCACAACGCUCCACGUACAUCCCUCGUGCGACUCGGAAGCUCUAGCGCGGCGUUCGGUCCAGAAUUUGAUCGGAACUUCGGAAGCACUGCAGCCUCGCCCUUGUUCAAGGCAAGAGAGAGGCAGCCUUGUGUGUUGCCGCCAUGGAGAUGGAGCCGGAGAUGCAGGCGGCGCUGAUGAAGGUCGGCGUGUUCGUGCUGGUGCAGGCGCUGGUGUACCUCAUCCUGUCGCAGUCCUCCACCGUGUUCUCGCGCGACAAGAGCCUCGGCCACCGGCCCGCGCGGUCGCUCAGCGCGCGCCGCAUGCUCGCGCUGCUCCUCUCCGACGACCUGCCGCUCGCCGCCGGGGAGCCCUGCUCGCCCGUCGCCGCCUUCGCCCGGACGUGGUCCGCGUCGUCGUCGUCGUCGCCCAUGCUCGCCGCCGCCCACGGGAAGCAGGACUGAGGUCUGAGGUCCGCGACGACCAUAUGCGGCCGCGUAGCUAAGCUAGACAGCUUGCUCUUCAUUGGUAGUAGUAUUCUUUAAUUCUUUGGUUUGAUCGAUCGAUGUGUGUUGGUUUGGUUUGGUUGGGUUGUACAGCUUCCAAAAUCAAGUACAGCUUCCAAAAUUUCAUGGAAUUUUGA